AAAAAAAAAAAAAAAAGCUUCUAUCAACAAACCGUUUCAGUAGGGUUUAAGGCUUUAAGCCCUAAAACACAAAAUCUUUGAAAUUGUAAGCUUUCGUUAAAAGAAAUGGCUAAUUCAAUGGCUGCUCUGUCACGCAGGCUCUCUCGUUCUUUUCUCUCUAAUCCUAAAAUUUCUCAGUUUUCUAUGCCCUUUUGCACAGACAAUAUGUCCUCUCGUGAAAAUUACGGCUCAGAAGAUUCGGAUAUCAACUGGGACAUCGACUCAGUACCAACCGCAACUCCACAAUCAUCCUCAACAACAACAGAAGCAGCAGCAGCUUCUCAAGGAUCGAGCGAGGAACGCGUGUUCUUUCAACGCCCGCUUGAAAAUGGCCUCGAUGUGGGCGUUUACAAGGCAAUAAUAGUGGGGCAGGUGGGGCAGAAUCCAUUCCAGAAGAGGUUAAAGAGUGGGAAGACCGUGACAUUGCUCUCCGUGGGUACAGGUGGGAUACGCAAUAAUAGAAGACCAUUACCGAAUGAGGAGCCAGGGGAGUAUGCAAAUAGGUCGGCUGUUCAGUGGCACCGGGUUUCAGUUUACCCAGAAAGACUGGGGAGUGUUGUUAUGAAGAAUGUUGUACCAGGUUCAAUUCUAUAUCUAGAGGGGAAUCUGGAGUCCAAAGUCUUCACUGAUCCAGUAACUGGCAUUGUCCGGCGCAUAAGGGAGAUUGCUAUUCGUCAAAAGGGUCGCGUGGUCUUUUUGGGAAAAGGCGGUGAUGAUCAGAAAGCCGGUGCAUUUCCAUCUAAAGGUGUUGGCUAUUAUUAGGUGCGAAAUGGGAAAUGAUCUGAGUAUUUAUUUAAGAUAAAAAGCAAUAUUUUCGUUUGUAAUUAUUUCUUUAACUUGUUUCAAGCUAGAAGUGACAAUAGAAACAGAAAGUACUGCCUGUUGCCAAUAUAGGCAAAAAGUUUUACUUGGCUUUAUUACUUUGCCUUGUGAUUCAACGUGACUCGUUCAUGGAUAAGAAAGAGCUUUUGGAAAAAUAAUUUUUGAUUUGCUAUUAUUUUUCAA